GUCUUGUGGCUGCUCUCUCCUCCACCGAGCGAAUGGGCACAGCUCGGAAUACUGCAAAAAAAGUCCUCGGCAGCACCAACCUUUGUGUCGCAUGUGUGUACCAGACUGAUUUGUUCCCCUAAGAAUUUGCGCUUUCAAAUCGGAAUUAACGUCUUGCUGUUGGGUUUGGUGACAAAGGCUAUUACUAAAUCUGGUACAACUACCUGGAAAAGAUCAACAUUUUCCAUGUCAAAUUGUGUUGUAUCGUUCUCAAUGAACAUCUGGUAGACCUGUACAAAUGUUCGCUGAUUCCCACGUCACAUUGCACAGCUUCCCUGUUCCAUCUUUGUUAUAUAUUCUGCACUUCAUUUGACAAUGUUUCUAAAAGGCAACACGCUGGGACUGUGGGAUGUAAGGUGUAGAAUGCUUCCUAUUCCGCGUUCAAAAGGACAACAUCAGAUCUGGCAGAUGAAUGGAGAACCGCCUCCCUGGAUUUGGACUGCUCCAAAUGUACCUGGCCUUUUCAGAAUAAUUGGUCCUCCGCAGCUUCUUCCUCUGGCCUCUCCACACAACCCACCCGAGUUUCUACAAUCGCCACUGGGAUGGCAGGUCCCUUACGAUUCUUUCAUUCCUUUCAUGGUGAUGCCUUCUCCACCAGAACAAGCUGUUCUGCAGCUUCCACGUCCAAAUAUGCAGUGGGACCGCAUAAUGCAUCCUUCAGUUGUAGGAUUUCCUCCACCAGUUGACUUUAUACCUGUAGCUCCACAUAUGUACACCUCCUGGAGACCGUCAAAUAAAGGUUGGGAAGAAAAAAGGAAGCCCGAUUGCAAAGUAUAUUUCAAUAAUGCAUUUGCUGUGGAAUCAACCUGGGGAAAGUCAGAGGAAGUUAAUUUUUUUCAAGGACACAAAAUACCUGUUUUAAAAGCAAAUCAAGUAGCAGUGGCAUUAUCAACAGUGACUAAACCUGCAUCACCUACCGGAUCCAAACCCUUCCUUGUGGUUACACCUCAAACAAUAACUGGUGAUUCUGAACCAACUUUCAAAUGGGUUACCAAUAAUCAGGCAGUUGUAUUAGCGACAGCAGCGGCAGCAGCAGCAGCAGCAAUGGUCGCAGUUGAAACAGAAAAAAAACAAGAACUGCCUCCUGCAAAUAUGCAACCAUAUCUCCUGACACUAUCUCCAAUCAAAAUCCCAUUCCUAACUACACAUCUUCCAACAACAUCCUCCAGUUGUCCGAAUGCUCGUUUCCUCAAACAGAUUUAUUGUCUCCAGAGAGAUUCGAGUAAACAUAAAUGUGGUCAACCUGCAAUUUGUGACAUCAGAAGAGUUGCCCAGUUUGAUGGAAGGAAUCUAAAUAAUGGCAAAGAAAAAGAGCCUUGUGAACAAUCCUGUACCAGAUCAAAAGGGAAGACUCAAUCAUAUGAGAAUGGAGAUGAGACCACAUCAAAGAAAGCAGUUGGUGAGGAAGGAAAAAUACGUCAUCAGACCAAGCCUGUGGCAUCGACUCCUGUACCAGGUUCCCCUUGGUGUGUAGUCUGGACUGGGGAUGACCGUGUGUUUUUCUUCAACCCCUCAAUACAACUGUCAGUCUGGGAAAAACCUGUGGAACUUGAAGGUCGAGGUGAUAUUAGCAAAAUUAUUCAAGACCCUCCUCAUAAGCGGAAAAUAGAACUGGCGACAUCAAAAGAUGAAACUUCUAAUCAAGAGGAGGCAAAUGAGGAACACCUUUUGAAAACAAAGAGAAACAAAACUGAACAGCCAGAGAUUGCUAAUUCAGCAAAGGAAGAAAUGAAUGGAAAAAGUUUGGAAAAUACUCCACACCGGACUAUGGUCCCGUUAGAAGAACGUAUAAAUCAUUUCCGGGAUAUGCUUCUGGAGAGAGGGGUCUCUGCAUUUUCUACUUGGGAAAAGGAGCUGCAUAAAAUAGUGUUUGACCCUCGUUAUCUCCUUUUAAACCCUGAGGAACGUAAACAGAUUUUUGAACAGUUUAUCAAAGCAAGAAUAAAAGAAGAAUAUAAAGAGAAAAAGAACAAACUUCUUCAGGCCAAAGAAGAAUUUAGAAAACUUCUAGAAGAAUCCAAACUCACUCCCAGAUCCAUUUUCCAGGAGUUUGCAGAAAAAUAUGGAAGGGAUCAUCGAUUUAGACUGGUGCAAAAAAGGAAAGAUCAAGAACACUUCUUCAAUCAAUUCAUAAAUAUUCUCAAAAAGAGGGACAAAGAAAACAGGAUUCGACUGAGGAAAAUCAGAUAAAGCUCUAUUAAAGCUUCACUGAACAAACUGAGCUGCUGUGACAGAAUUGUUGACUAAGGAAUUCAGACAGUCCUUUCUGUGUGGUCUUUGGCUAAUUACAUUAUGAAAACAUUUACAACUCAAGAUAAUAUUUUGAAUUUAAAGUUGCAGGUAAUACCAGUUCACGCCUCCAUUAUAAACAUUAACAUCGGUGUUGACUUUCUACUAAAGUUGUAUUGUUAUUUAAAGCACAACUAUCACGUUUUUUCUUGUCAAUUAAGCUAAGUGUAGAGAAUGUCAUUUAAUUUCUGUGAAUACUCAUCAAUUGUUCAGAAUCAGUACACUGUAACAGUGAAUUAGCUCCAUGAUAUUGAAAAUGCUCUCUUUUAGGAUGGAAGAAAUUUCAUUCGUUAAUGAUUAAACCCACUGACCUUCAGAUGACAGUGUGAAUAACUAGUGUACAAAAUUAGUGUACUGGCACUUUAGUGUAGAAUUAUUCUCUGCAGAUUGUGGUGAUAAUAGUGACAUCCACAUAAAUUUUUACCUCUAAACUAGCAGAGAUUGCAAAUUAUGAUUGAGAAUAUUGUGUUUUUAGGCAUUAAUAUAAUGUGACAUGAUUUGAACGCCAUUAUUUUAGUUAUUGUUUUAUAUUUUAACAAAGCUAGUUCUAAAAAGCAAAAAUAGGGCCUUCAGUUCUUAGCAGUAAACUCACAAACAGAUAACUUUGCUGCUGAAUAUCGAGACAAAUGUGGCAGUAUUCGUCCAGUCACACUAACAGUGGGGCAGGAAUAGGUUCUGCCAGUAGUACCAGCUUAUUAAAUUGCACUUUUAAAAUUAUAAUUGCAGUAUUUAAGAAAAUGAUAUGGUAAGUUUAGUUCAGUUAUGUAUUCUGUAUUUUUAUUAGUGUAUGAAAACAGUGAUGGAAAGGUUGAAAACCAUGCAGUAUAACAAACUAUUUAAUUAAUGUGUGCUCUUUAUUUGUUUUGCUUCUAGUGAGUUAUUGCUCAUGAAGUGCAGAGUGCCUAAUUAGUAGUGCUAGCUUGAUGUUUAAAGCAUUAGACGAGACUGAACGUUCUAAAAUUUGGCUUUUUAUAAUGUGAUGAUUUUAAACUGUGCUUGUGGUAAAGUAAUCCAUUUCCAGUACAGAUUUGUAGUAUAAUGACUUCAGACAACACCUGAGUAGCUUUUGCAACCAUCUAAAAAAAUUAAUCAGUAUUUUAAUUUUAUCACAAGGAAUACCAAUUUCCAUUAUAUUUAUCAUUUAAUAAGUUCAGUGACUUCUUUUGAAAGUAUGUACAUAAUCCACAAUUUUUCAUUAAUAAAUAUAUCACAGUUUUAUUCCAAGAUAUUAUUUAUCAAAAGCACUUAAUUUCCACUAAAUGUUUAACAAUACAGCAUCCACCAACAUUACAAAUAAUAAUAUUGUCAUUUAUAACAUCCCCAAGUGAAAAUAACAGUAAAAAUUGCAAAUGAACCUCACUGACUCAACUUGUCUUGUAAAAUGGACAUCCAGUAAAAUUACUUGUUUGUGUUCAAGAAUUGUAGUUUUUUUUUUAAACCAAUUUUCCCUUGGGAAGUGAAAGGAUUUUUUUCUUUAAAUGACAUCAUUGACCAGAUCUUGCAUGAAUUUAAAUGCGAAUGUGGAAAGAAGGUUAAAAGAAUUAAUUCAUCUUAAAAAUGUAAACAGGAAAUACUCUGUUUAAAGUAGACAAAAUAAUGGCUGAAAUUAAGAAAUCUAAUGACUAUAGAUGCUAUUUCUGCCAAAGAAAAGUCUGUCCUCUCAUUGAUAUAAUUCUGCAUGAAUUCACCCUAACAUCCUAAGAAAUUAAUCACAUGAAACAUCAGGAUGUUUAUGCUUCAGAUGUGUUGAAAAAAUGUUGCUAUAAUAAGUAUUGUGGGAAAUCUGUUUUGAUAACUUCAACAUACAGUAUAACUAUUUAGGGCUGAAAUUGCAAAGCUAUUCCGUGAGUUUUAUCAUUUCUCACAGUUUUGCAAACUCCUGUGGGACUCAGAUAUACCUUGAGCAGGAGUCCCCAUAGGAGUCCCCGAAACGUCGAUUCUCCUGUUCUUUGGAUGCUGCCUGACCUGCUGCGCUUUUCCAGCAACACAUUUUUAGCUCUGAUCUCCAGCAUCUGCAGUCCUCACUUUCUCCUCCCCAUAGGAUAUAGUAAUAUGCAAGCCAUCCAUUCCUUAUUGGGAACUGAUGACAAAUGGGGUGA